UAACUCGACAGCACACGGGUCAGUGGUCAUAUUCAACAGCGAGUUUCGUAGGAACAUAGCUAAAGGUGGUGGCGCAUUGUUUACUCAUAGUAAAAACGGAAUUUUAACUCUUAACAUGACAAGGAUUAACUUCACCGAAUGUGCAGCAGAAAUGUACGGAUGUGCAGUUUUGGUUGGCGACCUUGAUUCUUCAAAGUUGGAAAACCGAUCAACGCACAAGUUUUAUGCCAGCAUCAGAGAGAUGUUAGUGUGGGGUUGCUUUAAUUUCCAACAACAAUGCUACAUUGUCAGAAUCGUUUUAUCUAAUGGAAAAGUGGCCAUCACUGAUUCUUCGUGGAAAAACGGCAUAUCAUCAGCACCUAAAGCUUUAAUGAUAUCAAACACGGGUGGCGAAACUGACGUGCUUAUUUCUGGCUGCAAAUUUCUGGUCAACGCUAAAGUACAUGUAAGAAGCGCUGUUGUAAUCAGAGCCCAUAAAGCGCAAGCUAAAGGAAGCGUAUUGAUAGAAAACACUGUUUUUUCUAACCAAUGGGUCACAGAUCGAGAUCGUCACGGUGGUGCCUUGUGGAUGAGUCCCCAGUUCUCCAUCAAACUGAUAAACGUUGUUUUAGCUUCAUUUGCGUACUCACUCCAAAUACUAGGGUUAUAUCCAAAAGGACCUUCUGAUACUCGCCCAUUCCGCAUUUCUAUCUCAAACUGCAGCUUCCUUGAGAACAGCUUUGAUAUCUUGGCACAUACAAAGGAUCCAGCCCGUGUAGAGCUGGGCAUCGAGAACACAAUUUUCAAGAGCAGUCAAAGGACACAUAAAAACUUCGGGCUCUAUAUCAUUAUUAGGCCUUUGGAUGUACUAAAUAGUUCCAGUGCAGUUAUUAAAAUUAACAAUGUCACAUUUGAAUCGAGACCAUGCAACGUUUUAUCCUUGUUAUUUAAAGGCAACAAAACUUUACAAAUACAAAACUCAGUUUUUCGGAAUGGUAUAUGUUUCCAACGAUAUGCGUGGAAAGGCGAUAUUUACGAGACCUCGACCGGUGCGAUAACGGUCCUCACACCUCGUGAUAAAGUCGUAAGUACAGGAUGUGUCAAAAGAGCGGAAAGGAAAGAAACUCAUCCUCAGUGGAGCUAUCGAACUCAUGCUUUAUUUGAAGACAACAUUUUUGAGGGAAACGUGGGGUUAAUCGCUGGUGCUGUGCACGUAACCAACGGCUACACAACAUUCCAAAGAUGCACUUUUAGGAAUAACUUUGCCAUCGAACAUUCUGGACACGUUUAUUCCGCAUAUGGAACUGGCCAGGUGGAUUUCAAAGAUUGUUUCUUCUCUGCAACGAAGAAGAAUAUCACGAUAAACAAUACUACAUUUUACAAAACGACCUUCUUCCUUUCCGAAAGUGGAGGACCUAUAAAUCUUCAAAAUACAACUAUGUUAUCGUCUGCUGCUGAAAGCUAUUCCUAUCCCGUAAUUGACAUUUCCAAUGGAGGCUUCGUAUACAUGGAUGAUAAUUCGACCAUCCAGUGCGAAAUCGGAAAUAAGCUCGAGUUGGAUAAUGCGACACAUUUUGUAUAUACAGAACAAAACAAAAGCUUUUGCCGAAUAAAUGUCACUGUCUUGAAAUACUCUUGCAAUCUGUGUGGCCCUGGUUUUUACAGCAUGCAAAAAGGAGUUUCACGAGGUGUAGUAGUCAACAAUACUGUCAAGUGUCUACAAUGCCCAUUCGGUGCCACUUGUAUAAGACGGAAUAUA